AUGAAACGUGCUCAGAUACUACAUUUUGUAUAAAUAACACCCAAAAACCUGGCGAGUAAGUAGUUGAACGCCAGUAGAACAAAAGAGGAUAAAUAAAUUGAAUUCAGAAAACGUAAUAAUCAAAAAUGGCGAUUGACUCGGUGCACUGGUACAUGGAGGAAGUGGGAGCUCGUGUCGUGGCGAAGACCGGGAUCCCUUCAGACAGAUAUCAUUUAGGAAAACUGAUACUGCACAGCCUGCAAGACGAUCCCGAAUUUAUUUUACAGAUUGAUGGAGCGACAGGAGAGUCAGAAACCUUCGGCUCAGCUUUAGACAGGAGCAUCCGAUGUGCUGUCUCCCUCACCAACAUGGGAAUACAGAAAGAUGAUGUUAUGGUGCUGAUGGGACCAAACCACUUGGACUUCUGUGUACCACAUAAUGCUGGGUUAUAUCUUGGGAUCAUGGUGGCAUCAAUCGAUGUGACCUUGGGAGUAAAUGAAUUAACUAAAUUGUUUGAAACCAACCAACCGAAAAUAAUUUUCUGUCAAAGUGAAAAGACAGGUGACAUUGAAGAAGCGCUGAGGACAUCAAAGGUGGAUGCUAUAGUUGUCACCUUCGAUGAAGAUAGUCACCAUACCACACUUGCUCAACUCCUCAAGGUGGAAGACCAGAAUGCAUUGAAGAACUUUAAGCCUACAGAUUUUGACCCAGAUGAGACGAUAGCUUAUCUGACCUCAACUAGUGGUACGACAGGAGUUCCAAAAACAGCUAUGCAGUCACAUAAGAAUCUAAGCAUUGGAAGCCGUUACAUAUGGAACCAAUUCUCCAAAUUUCCAACACCGACGAGAAUGGCGUUAAUGACAUCACCAGCUCAAUGGUUGUCAGCUGGAAUCCAUUACCUCUUCUCGGCAAUCUUGAAGUAUACUCGAUUGCAGACAUCAGCAACUGUCACCCCAGAACAUUUUGCUGAACUUGUCAACAAAUAUAAGCCAACCUUCCAAAUAAUCAGCCCCAACUUAAUGCUGACGAUGAUAACAAAGGCUAAUUGUGAUUUCACCUGCUUCGAGUUCAUAAUACUUGGAGGCAGUGCAGUAGCUCAAGAUGUUGUUGAUGAAGUUAAGAACAUCACACAAACUGACGACAUUUAUGGCAUGUAUGGCAUGAGCGAAGCGAGCGGAGUCGCUGUGCAGCAGGACAGAUGUACUCCACCAGGAUGUUAUGGGAAACCAAUUCAUGGAUUACAAAUGAAACUAGUGGAUCCCAAUACAAACGAAGUCAUAACAGAACCCAAUGUUCCUGGAGAAGCAUGGUUUAAAGGCCCCAGUAUAUUUAAAGGGUAUUACAAUAAUCCUGAAGUGACGAAAGCGACUAUAACAGAAGACGGCUGGCUGAAGUCUGGAGAUAUAUUUUAUAGAGAUGAAAACUGGAAUCUAUUCUUUGUAGGACGGCACAAGUUACUGCUGAAGUAUAGAAAUCAUCAGGUAUCUCCCGUAGAAGUCGAAGAGGUAAUCAUGAAGCACCCUGGAGUAUUUCACGUGGCAGUGACAGGUAUACCGGACAGGGAGUGCGGGGACCUGGUAGUGGCGUGUGUUGUACCCAAGCCUGGCUGCAGCCCUUCAGCGCAGGAGAUCAAAGACCUGGUUAAAGAAUCGCUGACAGACUCCAAGCAGUUGAGAGGAGGAGUGAUCUUCUUGAACGAGCUGCCAUUGACAAGCACAUCGAAGGUCAACAGACAAAUACUGAAAGAAUUAGUGCUAACCUUGCCAAGAGAAUAAGAUUUUUGUUAUAAUUAAAUAUCCUAUA